AUGUUCCUAGCGCCUGGCACUGUGCUAGGUGCUUUCAUAGGCAUUUUCUCUACCAUAGUCCCUACCAACCGGCUGCCCCUGGGAAUUUCUGCAACUUCGACACCCAGCCCAAGUGCCCUCUCCUUCUCCCCUGACUUCGCGGCCCUCGUAACAGCCCGGCCACGCAGCACAGAGCACAUCGCCCUGGUGUCCAGCAGAUGCUGGACGGGCCGGGGAAGUCGCCCUCUGACAGGGUGCCAAAGGGGGGCGGUUCCGCCCACAACCCCGGUGCCCUGCAAGGGCGGACAGGCGGCUGCCGGGAGCGCGCCGGUGCCCAGCAGGUGGCGCCGCAGCGGCGAAGCCCCGGGGCCCUGCCUGCCGGUCCGGGAGCCGCGGGGCGGCGCGCGCUCUCGCAACGCCCCUUCCUUCCGCCGCGGCGGCCCAGCCGGCCGGGCUCCGCGCGCUCCCGUGCGCCCCGGGCGCGUGUCCGCCGCGUCCCCCGGCGCCGUGGCGCUCCCCGGGGCCCGCGCCCGAGGCUGGGCGGCGGCGGCCAGAGCGGCCCAGAGGCGCCGCCGCGCGGAGGGCGCGCGAGGACCCCCGAGCUCGCGCGCGGCGCUUUACGUGCACUGGCCGUACUGCGAGAAGCGCUGCAGUUACUGCAACUUCAACAAGUACAUCCCGCGGGGCGUGGAGGAGGCCGCCGUGCGGAGCUGUCUGGUGACUGAGGCGCAGACUCUGCUGCGACUCAGCGGCGUGCGGAGAGUGGAAUCUGUGUUCUUUGGUGGGGGCACCCCCAGUCUGGCCAGUCCCAGCACCGUAGCCGCUGUCCUGGAGGCGGUGGACCAGGCAGCUCACCUGCCUGCAGACUCGGAAGUCACAUUGGAGGCCAACCCCACUUCGGCUCCAAGCUCCAGGCUGGCGGCUUUUGGGGCAGCAGGGGUCAACAGGUUGUCCAUCGGCCUCCAGUCCCUGGAUGACACUGAGCUCCAGCUGCUGGGACGAACACACUCAUCCAGGGAUGCUCUCCAGACACUGGCAGAGGCACGGCGCCUCUUCCCCGGGCGUGUAUCUGUGGACCUGAUGCUGGGGUUGCCGGCGCAGCAGGUGGGGCCAUGGCUCAGGCAGCUGCGGACACUGCUGGGCUGCUGUGAUGAUCACAUCUCCCUCUACCAGCUGACUCUGGAGCGGGGCACUGAGCUCUUCACCCAGGUGCAACGGGGUACCCUUUCUGCCCCUGACCCUGAGCUCGCUGCUGAGAUGUACCAGGAGGGACGGGCGCUGCUUCGAGACGCUGGCUUCCGCCAGUAUGAGGUCUCCAACUUUGCCCGGAAUGGGGCGCUUAGUACCCACAAUUGGACUUACUGGCAGUGCGGUCAGUACCUUGGCGUGGGGCCGGGGGCCGGGGACCACACCCGAGAGGCUCGGAUUCAGACCCUGGAGCCGGACAACUGGAUGAAAGAAGUGAUGCUGUUUGGGCAUGGCACCCGGAGACGCAUCCCCCUGAGCAAGCUGGAGCUGCUGGAGGAAGUUUUGGCCAUGGGGCUACGUACGGACAUGGGGAUCACUCACCAGCACUGGCAGCAGUUUGAGCCCCAGCUGAGCCUAUGGGACGUGUUUGGAGCAAGCCAGGAGGUGAAGGCUUUGCUGGCGCAGGGCAUCUUGCUGCUGGAUCACAGGGGUCUUCGGUGUUCCUGGGAAGGUCUGGCUGUGCUAGACUCUCUGUUGCUGACCCUCCUGCCUCGACUCCAAGACGCCUGGCAGCAGAGAGCCCCUUCCCUUGUGCAAGGAGAAUGACCAAACGUUCCUGUGUCCCGGUGCCAUGCCAGAGAGAGAGAGAGAGCACACGCACCAGCAGGAGGAGCAGCAGAGGGAGAGGGAGAAGCAGACUCCCCGCUGAACAAGGAGCCCGAUGCAGUGCUCAAUCCCAGGACCCUGAAAUCAUGACCUGAGCUGAAGGCAGAUGCCUAACAGACUGAGCCACCCAGGUGCCCUUGUUCUUUUUUUAAAAAGCCUCCUUCCUUUGUGUUCAUUUUUAUGACACUAGAUUUUUGAGUGUCAAGGCCAUUGUCUUAUAGAAUGUCCCACAUUCUGGGUGUAUCUGUUUGCUAAUGAUUGAGUUUAGGUAAAAUAUUUUUGGCAAGCAUACAUAUAGAUAUUGUGUAGCUCAAGGUACAUCCUGUCAGCUCAGCCCACUAUCAAUAAUACUAAUUUUGAUUACUUGAUUAAAGUGGUGGAUGCCCAAUCUAUCUGUCAUACAAGUACAUUUUUCACUUUGAAAUUGAUAGAUUAUCAGUAGAGUGAUACCUGGAAACCAAACAAAUGCCCUGUUCCCUGACAAACAUUGCUUCAGUAAGUUUAGUGUUUACUGAUGAUCCUUGCCUAAAUCAGUGACUAGACUGGGAGGUGCAAAAUAUUCAGUUGUGACUCUAAUAUACUGUCUACAUUUGUAACUGAUACACUUCCAUUAAAAAAAAAAGGAGCUUUCCCUUUUUUGAAAGGGCUGAAACCCUUAACCUAGAAAUUGUAUGCAGGGUGUGUGUGUAUGUGAGACAGACAGACAGGUGGGUGAUGGGAGAGAGAAAGGGCAUUUUCCUGUGAAGAGGCUCUCCGACUUUCUUACCUUAUAUCAAAGGGUCUUGUGAUGUCAAAAGUAAUUUAGUACUGGUGCUGAUCCAGGCAUGGUAAGCUCAGCCUCUAGCUGGGUGACUAAGGAUGGGGUUCCUUCCGCCCCUCAGAUGUAUGAGCAUGUGCAUUCCCUGGGAGCCUAGUUGGUGUGAAUAACAGCCCUUCUUUGACCCUGUGGUAACAUGGGUAGUGUUACUACCUCUCCUUUAUUCAUGAAAUAUUCAGCAAGCACUAAUGGUGUCCUCGGCAUUGCUCAGGGCAGGUAAGACCUGUCCCAGCCCUCGAGGAACUCACAGCCGUGUUGAUAGAUGUGUCAAGCGAUAAAUUCCAGGGUUAUCAGUAAAGAUGUGCAGGCAGGCUAUAGAACCCUGCAGUGCAUUUGGUUCUGAAGGGCUAGGAGCAGGAAAAGGGGAAUAUGUUUUUUAAUAUCUCCUCUGGCAAUGGGGCAGCUUGCAGGGUGAGCUGUGCUGCUGAGGGGCGGGGGGGAGCCUUUCUUCCCGAGCCUUCCCCUGUUCUUGAUAUUCAAGAAGUGAGCACAGGACCAGGGCAGGUGCACCAUCAGAUAACCUAGGUGCACUCAGGUUUCUCCCAGCUGCCAGGGCUCGUGCCACCCGAGAUGUGUGGGCCCUCCCUGUUGGGGCACCUCAUGAGGCCAGUGCAAGGCUUGGACAGGAGCCAGAGCCAGGUGGGGGUGGCAUGGAUCACCUGUGACUCGACCUGGCCCCACCCUCACCAGCUGAGUCAGAAUCUCUGGGAGACGGAGCCUGGGAAGCUCGUUUUUAAAUGCUUCCUACAUAGCUCUAACGAGCAGGCCAGUUUGGGAAGCCCUGACAUCUUUCUAUCCUAAGAGGCUGAGGUCUGGAGGAACAAGGCGGGAGGGACAUGGCUACUUCUCAGUAUGAUACAGUGGAGUGGAGCCCAUCCCUCUGCAUCCCGGGCCUUCCAUGGCUCACCCAUCAGAGAAGUUUCCCUCCCUACUGAGGCUUUGGUUGUCAUCUUUUCACCCACCCUAGUGAAAGCGCAGGAACACAAAUAAAAGGGGAGAUAAGCCACUUUGGGGACAAAGUGAUGAGAGGAGCUGGGGAAAUGUAAUAUGUGUGAGUAUGUGGUUACAACAUGAAGAACCAAACGUUCCAUGUGCAAGAGCAUUAAGUUUUAAAGCCUUAGACUGAGUUUUCCCACCCCCCCCCACCAAGUAGUAUGAAGUAGGCAAGAUAGCUAUUUUAUUUUGUUUUGUUUUAUUUUAUUUUAUUUGUAUUUAAUUAUUUUAUUUAUUUUAUUUUAUUUAUUUUAUAUUUAUUUUUUUGUUUUGUUUAUUUUAUUUUACUUUAUUUUUUUAAUUUAAUUUUAUUUAUUUGGUAGGCCCUGCACCCAGCAUGGGGCUCGACUUUGAGACCUCAAGAUCAAGAGCCACAUUCUCUGCUGACUGAGCCAGCCAGGCGCCCCUAUUUUAAUUUCCGUUUUAGGGGAUCCCUGGGUGGCUCAGCGGUUUAGCGCCUGCCUUUGGCCCAGGGCGUGAUCCUGGAGUCCCGGGAUCAAGUCCCAUGUUGGGUUCCCUGCAUGGAGCCUGCUUCUCCCUCUGCCUAUGUCUCUGCAUCUCUCUCUUUGUGUCUCUCAUGAAUAAAUAAAUAAAAUCUUAAAAAAAAAAAGAAUAAAUAGCAGACCUGGCAUAACAGUUCAGGACAUCCAGAACUUUCUGUCCUAUCAUCAUUUUAGAAGAGGUCAGUUACCCUGUCUCUUAAAUUAGAUAGAUUUCUGACCACUUUCUGGCCCCUCUGCCUCAGGCUUGAAACUGCAGCGUCUGCCCCAUGCCAGGUAGCUUGGACUUGGUAUCUCUGUUUUCCCCCCUGAAGAGGCUCCAACAGUGACCCCACCCACUUCCUGGGACAGGACUACAUGCUGCAAAGGAAAGGACUGAAAUAGAUAGGAUUGCUGUAGAGUUGGUGUUUGUGGCUCCCUACCCCCAGGAAUUCAUCACUGGAAACCUAAUCCCCAAAGUGAUGGUAUUAGGAGGUUGGGACUUUUGGGCCGUGACUAGGUCAUCAAGGCAGAGCCUCAUGAAAGGGAUUAGGGCCUUUAUAGAAGAGACCCCAGAGAACGUGGAGAGAAGGUAGACAUCUAUGCACCAGGAAGUGGACCCUUGCCAGACACCGUAUCUGCUGGCACCUUGUUCUUGAGCUUCCUCAUCUCCAGAACCAAAAAGUCAAAGGUUAUGGUUUAAGCCACCUGGUCUGUGGGAUUUUUGUUAGAGCAGCCCAAAUGGACCAAGACGAGGGUAAACUAACUUUCAUGGUAGAUUGUAUUAUUGUUCAAAAGGUCUACUAGCCUUCCUUGAAUGCCCCUCCCUGAGGACCUGUGGAAGAGCAUAUGCCUGCCCUGUUGGACCCGCGGCGGGGGGAGCAUGACAGUGGCCUGGCACCAUCUGUAAGAGCCUGUGAGUGGGCCACUGUCUCUUCUCUCUACUCCAGAGACCUGCAGUGUUCAGGUAGAGAUUGUCCAUCUGGGUCCUGGAGUGAAGAUGGGGGGCAGAGGAGCAGCCAACCACAACAGAAAUAAGCAGGAGUGAGAAAUUAUCGCUUGUUGUUGGAAACUGGUAGGUUUUCGGGGCAUCACUGCAGCGUAAUUGAGACUACACUGGCUAAUACCAUGUUUAAACCCAACAUUCAAAGAGUAAUCAUCAUCAGGAUUCUGGUGCGUAUUUGUAGAAAUUUUUAUAGGCAAAUGAACGUGUUUACAUACAUAAUCUAGGUCUUGCUGUGGAAGCUUCUUGUAUGUAAUAUGUGGUGAGCAUCUUUGCACAUCUGAUUUGUGUCUAUACACUGUUAGUGUAGCUCCAUAGUGUACCACUGCAUGGUUAUGCCAAAAUUCGGUUUACUAGUUCCUUUUUGGUGAGACUGAGGGUUUAAAUGUUAAAUUAUUAUAAACUCUGUGAUGAACAUCUUAUGUAAAUAUUUUUAUGCACUGUCUUGACCAUUUCCUUAGGUUUAGGAUAAGUCCUAAGAAGUGGGAUUGCUGAAUCUGAGGAGUCCUUUGAAUACACAGUGCCAAACUAUCCUCUAGGAAGCCUGCUUGUUCACUCCCUGACCAGUGUUCAUUUCUCUGUAAUCUUGUCAAUAGCAAGCAUGAUCGACUUGUCCAGAUGAUCCCAAUCUGAAGAGCACUCAACCCUAGCUUCAUUAUCAGCUAACCGGCUGCCAUCCUAACUUGGCAACUCUUCUGUCCAUCAGAUCACUCUCAAGUCAGGGUGUCAAGUGGAUACAAUCUCUGAGACGACCAGGUAGAAGGCCAAGCAGGAAAUAUUGCCCCUGGAUUUUAGAUACCCUCUGGAUUUCUCUUAUGCAGAGCCCCUCCCUCCUAUAUUGCUCUCUCUGCUUUCCUUUCUUUUCCCUAAGGGGACUUUUAAAGCCACUUAAAAAAAAUAUUACACAAACAACAUCAUAGAAACAUUGGAAUUCUAAAUGAAAAAGAAAAAAAAAUCCCCACCAAUCAAUGGCCCCAAGGAAUUCAGUGUUUUUUAUUGGCCUGUGUUCCUUUGCAACCCUCAUCCAAAUGCAUGGAAGAGGGAUCCCUGGGUGGUGCAGCGGUUUAGCGCCUGCCUUUGGCCCAGGGCGCAAUCCUGGAGACCCGGGAUCGAAUCCCACGUUGGGCUCCCGGUGUAUGGAGCCUGCCUCUCUCUCUCACUGUGUGCCUAUCAUAAAUAAAUUAAAAUUAAAAAAAAAAAACAAAUGCAUGCAAGAUUUUUGCCUGCACAGAUCUCAUUUUGCAUCUGCCCCUUUGGCCUCCUGUUGGGUCAUAAGCAUCGUUCCACGUUGUUACAUGGCUGUCCUCUUUCUCAUUUUAAUUGUUGUACAAUGUUCCAAUGGGUAAGUAAUUUAAUAAUUAUUAAAGUUAAUAAUUUAAUUAACUUUUCCGUUUUCCUCUACUAUAAAUCAUGCUGCAGCGCAUGCUUUUAUGAAUUUAGCUUCUUUCAUUUGAAUUAUUUCCUUAGGUCAAUUCCCAAGAGUAAGGUAGUUGGGUUAAAGGUUCAGAAUGCUCUAAUGAUUCUUGGUGUGAACUGUUAGAGUUUUCCAGAAGAGUUUUCUUUUUUUCUUUUCCUGCUCAAAAAAUAAUAAUGCUCUUUUUCAACCAUAGAGAAGAAAGCAAAAAUUCUACUACCCAGAAGUUACCACUACUAACAUUUGGAUAACCAGCCCUCCAAACAUCUUGAUGCAUAUGUAUACAUAUAGAUGUAGAAAUAAAAAUAAUUUCUCACUAAAGGGAUCAUAUUCAUG